GAAUAAGGAUUUGCUUGGUUUUCAGGGCACAUUUUUUAUCCACCUCCCUUCCAAAAUAUACGCAGCUUUCGUUACAGAGUUUUGGAGGUUGAAUUUUUAAACUUUUCAGCCCUCGAGAAGCUUUCUUCAUGAAUUUCAAUAGUGUCCAAACGCAUUGCAUUGUAUAUUCAACAGAGGAUCAGUAUUUCAUAUUGCAGUUGAUGUUGUUUUUCUCACGCUUGGAAAGUGUUGACAGAUCUACAACCCUUGAGUUUUUCAACCGCUUUUCGCUCGUUUUCGAUAUACAUUUCGUUGGUAAAUACGAAAUCAAAAUAUUUGCUCUUAACCCACGACAAAGUCUUUCUACCUCAGUCACUUGUGUAUCUAUAUGAUGCUACACAAAAGUCUUUGUGCGAAUCUCUGCAUACAAGUCUAUUCAUUGCAAGGAAAAAACGAAAAAUAUUGUAUUAAACAGACCCCAAGGCAGUGGUAUACCAAGAGAAGAUCAUAGGGGGCUUCAUGAAAUGUAGGGGCAUGAUACGAUUUUCAAAUGCAGAGGUUUACGACUUACCCAUCGAGAGAAAGGGGCGAAUUAUUCAGCUGCAAAAUUGUAGCAAGAAGUGUGGGGGAGGGGGUGUUUGCCCCUUGUGCAGGUGAGCCACAAUUUUGUGAGAAUAUGAACAUUAUUUUGCUAAUAAACGUAUGAAAACGUUGGUGCGAGCCAACAUUGGUGGCAAACUGAAAUCUUUUCAGCAGGAUCAUGAAGGAUAAAGAGAAAUGAUCAACAAGAACAUGUUCAGUCAAAUUGCUUUGCAAAUUGAUUUUCAGUUUUCAUCAACAUGGAAAAUAUUGACUUUUCUCUUGCAUAUAGGUAUCAGAGACAUUUGAAUCCUUUAUUUAAUUCUGAAAUCAAUUGUUUGAAAAGGGCACUUUGCUGCCCAAUGCUGCCCCCUGCCCCCAUUGCUAAAAUGAGGAAACCUGAUUUGAAAUUCUGUAUUUCCUCUAAUACACGCCGGUGAUUACCCUGGGUACCAAAGCCUACAAAAUUUGGAAGCUCCAUUCCUCUCCCGAUUUCUAGAGCCUUGGUACCCAGGGUAGCUGGGGAUGUUCAUUUAAAUUUUUAGAAAUUUGAUGCGGCAUUUAUUAGAGGGAGGCGUUUAAUAAAGUUACCGGGAAAAUCAAACAAGAAGGGGGGAUGUCCUACUUGUAUUAUUUGCUGCUUACACACAAAAGUAGUCAAAUGCUACGACCCUUAAUAAGGAAAUUCAGAAAAGAAGAGAAAAAUUGUGUCACGUUGAACUGACAUGUGAACAAAAGAUCGAGGAAAUAAAAAACACUUUAUUUUUGCAUAAUUGUCACAGAACAUUGAAAAAUGGACCCGAGAUAUUCUGCACACUCCUUCAUGCAUUUUCUAUUUUUUUAUAUGUGGCGUUUAUUAGAGAAGGAUCUUUGUUUCUAGUCAUUUCGCACUACGUUCUGGGAUGGCAUAUUGACAUGAGUUGAAGUGGCUUUGAGUCUGUCCUCUGUUUUUUGCCCGAUCAUUUCUUCCAUUUUGGUUGCUUGCUCUUUUGACUUUCCUUUCGAACUAGUUAACUCCUUUUUGUAUAACCUGUCUUCCAGAUCCCUAACCCCAAACCUUUCAAGUUAGGGGUCUGGAGCGCAGGCUCCUUUUUGUAAAGCGGACAGAAGUAAGUCACAGCUUUGUAUGCUAUCAGAAGACCCUAAAGAUUCGUUACCGCUGCUCGUCUCAUCUUUCUCGGUAUGCAAAGCUUAUCGCUGUACGCUAGUUUAUCGCUAGCUUGUCGGUAUGCAAAGCUUAUCGCUGUACGCUAGUUUAUCGCUAGCUUGUCGGUAUGCAAAGCUUAUCGCUGUACACUAGAUAAUCAUCACGUUUAGAGAAAUAUUCCUCUUUCUCCUGAUGAAUUGUAUCCAGACAAGAAACCUGCGUCUAUUAAUGUUGCCCUGAUAGAAUAGAUCUAUCUUCUCCUCUUGCUCAUAAGGCUUCACAUCUUAAUGACUGUCCAUGUUUCUGGUGUUUCUGGUGUGCCAAUAGAGGUUGGUGCUAGCGUGUAAUAGGCAGAUGACACGCAUGCGUAUUCUUUUUAUCAAAUUUUGUAUAUGAAAACUGAAUUGGUUGCUUUAAUAAUUGAACAAAUUUUCUAAUAGCUGAUUAUUGUUUGUACUGUUUGCAUAAUUAAUAACGUAAAUAAUAAGUGCGCAUUUUUCCGCCAUUGCCUUUUAACCUAACCGUGCAAAAUGCGGAUGAAGUUAGGUGUGGCUGAUAAGCGUUAAGGCAGGUUCUGCUGAAGACGAGAUCGGAGAACUCGAGUGGACGUUUGGGUAUAUCUCAGAUUUGCCAUGCAUCAGUCAUCAAUAUUUAAUUGGCUCAGUUUUCGCUUAAUUUCUACCAACGGAUUGUAAUCGAUGAGUUCAGCUGCGUCGAAUUUCAAGCUAACAGAAAGACAAUUUCAUUUUACUGCUUGACUUAAUCAAAAGAAAGACAGAGCUUAUAGACAGAAGUGGCCUUUUCGGUAUGGAUACUAUAAUAUUCCAGACGGAGCCAUUAGAGGACUUCUAUGAACUCAAAGAGGAGCUUGGAAGGGGCAAUUUUGCUGUCGUAAAGCGGUGCGAAAAGAAGGAGACAUCCGAAGAAUAUGCAGCAAAAUGCAUCACCAAAAAGAGGAGCAAGGCAAGCAAACGAGGCAUGAGCAAGGAGGCCGUCGAAAUCGAAGCUGGACUUUUGUUAGCCCUAGAUCACGAAGCUAUCAUUAAACUUUAUGAUGUUUUUGAAACAAAGACAAAUAUAACUUUGAUCAUGGAAUUAUUAACUGGUGGAGAAUUGUUUGAAGAAAUUGCAAAAGAGGAGUUUAUUUUAGAGAAAGAUGCUUGUCACUAUACAAAGCAAGUGCUCAAUGCCAUUCAACACAUGCAUGAACGUAAUAUUGUGCAUUUGGAUUUAAAGCCCGAGAAUAUUGUGCUUCAGUAUCCGGGAAGUAAAACGAUUAAACUGAUUGAUUUUGGGCUGGCAAAGAUGAUCGAGCCUGGCAAGAAAAUCAGAGAAAUGAUGGGAACGCCUGAAUUUGCAGCACCUGAGGUCAUUCACUACGAUAUUGUUGGAUUCUACACUGACAUGUGGGCUCUUGGUGUUGUGACGUAUAUUCUCCUUAGUGGAGCAUCUCCGUUUCUUGGUGAUGAUGAUCAGGAAACAUAUAAGAAUAUCUCUUCGUGCGAGUAUCAGUUUGACGACGAAUACUUCGAUGAAAUCACCAAAAAUGCUAAAGAUUUUAUAGAGAAGCUGUUGGUCAAGAAUCCAAAAGACCGAAACACAGUUCAAGAUUCCUUAAACCACCCAUGGAUAGCUUUAGAGAAAGAUGAAAAUUCAGUUAUUGAUACACAGAAGAUGCGUGCUUUUGUAGCAAGGAGGAGGUGGAAGCAAUCCCUCAAACUGGUGUCCACAAUCAGUAGACUGAAGAUUCUCUGUCGGAACAACACUCCAAGCCCCACAUCAGAUGUUAGCGGAGACGAGGGAGAAUCAUCAAAUGAAAAUGGUGGAACAAAACCAUCCCUUCGUAACUUAAUCAAUGCAGCUAACGAAAAUCUGCCUAUGUUCAUUAAUCACGUAGACGUGAAUAAACAUGUUGCUGACGAUCAGGCCGAGGCAAAGGAGCCAGUCUCAAAAUGUGUUGACUCUUCAAAGCAGGAAGAUGGACUAGGUAGCGAUGAAGCUGACGUUGAUAAUGGCUUGUUAAAAAGCAGUGAACCUGAGGUAGUUGUCAAAUCACAACCACUAGACGAUAGUCCAAGUCUUGGUAGUCAAAGUGAAGAUGAUGUCUUGCUUAUUGAUGGUCUAGAUCAACUAUCAAUUGAUGCAAUAGAAACAGAUGCUGUUGACAGCGUGGAAAGAGUUACUGUUGCUGGACAAAGUAACACAGAACCGGUUAGUUUUGGAAGCCCCAAUGUUAAAAGAUAUGUCGGCGAGGCAGUCACAAUACGUGGUAAUUUUGGGCAGGGUUCUGGAAAUGUUGAUUCAGCUGGGCUUGUAACCUUUUCGAUUCCUUUUGUUGACGAUGAUAAUUUGAAAAGCAACGAAGACGGAAAUCAGAAAGAAGAAUCUAUCGGCGAUCACCAUAAUUCGGAGAGUAGGACUGACUCUUCUAAAAGGUUUGAGGAAAGCUACAUCUUGGAAACACCUUGUACUGAUAACAUACCAUCACAGAAACGAGCUCCAGGAACUGAAACAAUAGUUAAGAUUGGUUUCCCCACAACAAUCAGUUUAGACAGUUAUGGUCUUAGUGAGCAAGAACUCCCGCCUCAGACUAAUUUGAAAGGUCCUUCACUGACUUUGCAAGAGUCAAAAAAUAAUGUGGCAAAAAAUAAUGUGGCAGUUAAAGAGAUAAAGGUCGAUGAUAUACAGAGUGCAAGCAAAUUUACAGUCACUAUUCCAAAGCCAGUUGCUGUUUGUAAUAAAAGUGAAGAAGUGACUUUUACUUUGAAAACCAACGAUGACGCAACAACGAAUAAUAACAGAGAUGACAGACAAAGAGAAUCAUUAAUCCGUAUGGAUCCUGUGCAACUAAAGGUUGGCGUUGCUAACGAUAAUGAAGAUGGGGUUAAGAUGAAGGGCGUCACUGCAACGAAUGAAGGUGACUUGGUUGUAAUCGAGUUCAUUAAGCCGGAAAAUAACAACAUCUGAAGAAAUUCUUCAACGGUUCAUGAGUUUCUUAAUCUGAUGAUUAAACAGAUUCAACAUGUUUCAAUACCUACUAUUUUAUUGGUUUGAAAACGAUUUGAUUUCAGAGUUUAUGGUACUCAGUUAUUCUAUAAUAAUUGAAAUUUAUAAGGAUUAGGGACACAUACCAAGGUCUACCGUGGUUUUCAAUUGCACCAAAUGCAUCGCCCACAUGCACACACAAUGCCAUAGGACAGUCACAUCCUUGCUCGUCAGUCGCGCCAGAGCUGAACUGCAGCAAAUUAAUUUGCCAUCUCAGCUAUGGAGGCUUUUUUAUUUCUGGCUAAUUCUGAUAUUUCUAACUUCAUAGCUUUACAACUUUUAUAGAUCAUGUCUCUUUAUUUUGGCAAAAUCCAAGGGAAUUUUUGUCAAAUGUUAUUGAUAUAAAUGUAAUUUGUUUGUGGUCUCAAAAUCCGUGAACCAGUAAUCUGUUUCCACUUUAAUUUGGGGGUAUAUCAUGAUGUUUUUCAAGUAAUGUGGGCAAAGGUCGAAAUCUUGAAAUGAAUUUUCGACACCGUCACACUUAAAUUAGGAAUUGGAAACCAUUUCACUUGAAACAAGCAUUACAAGACACAAAAUGAUUGAAUCGAAUUCAUAACCUCCUUGUCUAAUGAUAGAAUUUAAGAAGAGCGUGCUUUAGUCUCUAUUAUUUUGCAGAAUUCAACCGAACUUUUCAAGACUAAUGCAAAAUAUUGAGAGCUACUUAGAAUAUUUUUAUUUAUUCAAUCUAUUGUUGUUUCCAACUCCAUUGACACCAUUACCAAUACCAAUUCAGAUACCAAUUCCAAAUCUAUGAACAAUUUGCUUAAAAUUUGUUUGUUUGACCAAGAACUUGGUUGUAUACUGAACUGCAUAAUUAACCCCUUUUUGCACAUGCUCAUGUUGCGCCAUAUUGAAAGAAUUCAGUUUGCCACGAGAAAAGGAUGAAAUAUUGCAGGUUUAUCCGCAUUUUGCAAAUAUUCCGCAACUCAUCAAAAUUUACAAGUCUAUGAUGUACUGAUAUUUUGUUGAUCACCAACAAAUCUGAUGCCCGUUGUGCCAUUGUGAUUUUAGUGGAGAUUUAUUUUUGGCAUGUCCUCUUCCACUUUAUCGAAGUUGAAGUUAAGAGCCAGAAACGCCACAUAUUCUACAACUGGCUCUGAUAGACAAUCUUUUGUCCAAUCGCUUGGCACCCAACGCUGAAGAAGUCUGCUUGUACCUGCUUGCUUUGAUUUGAUUCGACUAAUAUUAAUUGUGUACCUAUUUCUAUAUAUUCAUGCGGUUAAAAUCUGGAGAUGCGAGAUAUAGUUUAUAUAUAUAUGUAUAAUAUUUGACAAAUCUCCUUGAUCUCCCUUCAUAUGUAUAUUGGCUUCCGUAAUCAUUUGUUCUUUUUGAAUGAAUCUAUUUUUGGUUUUUUUAGAAUACACUCCGCAAAUUGGUUGUUUUUUUUUCGACCGAAUCUUUUGGUAUGUUCCGAUGCAGCGGCUUAGUAUUAGUAUUUUAAGACAGUGCUGCAUGUUAUUCAACGCUUUCUUGCAUAUUUAAAAAAACAAAACGAAAUGGCGCUCUUACAAAGAGAAGAAACAAAGAGACCAAUUUGCCCAAUUCAUCAAUUUUCUCUCUCACAGUAGCUGAUGAUGCAAAUAACAAAUUCGGAGGCUGAUAGAAUUCCUCCGAAUUAUAAAACAUUUCCUCUGUAAACUGAAGCAGUCUCGAAAGAAGACAAUUAAAAAUUAUGUUAGUUAAAAUCAUAAGGUAAAAGAAUCAGGUUUUAGGAGUCCUUACUGAAGAAUAUCUUUUCUGAAAAUGCUGUAUAAAUUACAACUGAAUGUGAUGAAACUUUAUAGGAACUCUUUUAAAAUAGUCGUCGUAUCCAGAUACUUUCCAGCUGAUUCAGACCGCUAUUUUUUAUUAGCUGUUGUAUCACAGAUUGGAGCCUUAUUGCCAGAGUCUAUGUUACAUAUCAACACCUUGAUUUUUGUAGAAAACCAUUUUAUAUUCUUUCCAUAUUCUAUUAACGAUUUUUCUGCACUAGCUCUACAUUAUUUCUUGUUGCAUAGAAAAGUACCAAUUUUUUUGGAGUACAAUUGGUACUUUCCUAGGCAGCAGAAAUAAUGUAGACAAAACCAAAAAAAUAAAAGAACUCUGUGGCCUGAAGUCCUUUUAUGUCUAGAUAUUAAUCUACGGAAUCACCAUCCUUAUUAUGCACAUGUUUGCUGCUAAGAUACAGUUUUCGUUUACAAUUAAUUAUUACUGCUUUUGGUCUAUUUCAAUGACCUUCUCCAUUUAGUAAAUGUCCAGUUUGUGAACAAAAAUAUUUUUAGGUCACGCCUCUUUUGCCCUCAGAAAACACCCUUUACUAAGAGGAAACACCAUUUUACCAAUAGGAAACGCCAAAGACUAACUUUUCGUAACGUAAAUGUAGUUUCGAAAUCAAAAAAUUACAUCACAAAUAACACGUUACGAAAGUUUUCCCAUAAACAAGAAUUUUCUCACUGAAUUUAGACGAAAUUUUAAUCCAUUCUCUUGAGAUAUUUGGGGAGGGGGGUAUGUCGUGCCCAACUCAACUCUAAUGCCGCUGUUGUAUAAAACUGGAUAAUGAUCUAGCCUGGAGGCAUCCUUCACCCAAACGUACGCCCAAAAUUAUCGAUUCUCUAUCUCUACUCUCUCCUGCUUUAUAUGUCAAAAAGUUACAAAUUUGCAUAUUUUUCUAUUGUCUUCUAUGAUUUUGGUUUAGAACACCUAGCGCUUUUAACGCAUUUCAGCCCUGACUCAAAGUAGCUGGCCAAAUUCUCAGCAACUCUUGAUCAUCUCUGCAAAGGGAUUUGUGCAUUAUUUAGCAACGGCAUGCGUUAUUUCUCAGACUUAACUUAUAUAAUACUCUUCGUCGACAGCAUGAACUUCUAAAGGGCCUGUUUUUCGAAAUCUAUUUUCCACAGGCAAUCCCAAAAUAUUGGCUUAUAGUCAAAUGUAUUUUUUGGUCUGAAGUUAGAGAUCUUGCCCAAAGCAAACAAGUGUGCUUGCAUCCCAUUUGUGUUUUUCAAUCAUAAAACAAUUUAUUUUAGCCUUUUAAGGUAAAUGAUGAAACUUCUCCUCUCAAAAAUAAGCUUACUGAUUUCCAAUUCCACUUUUUCGUUGAAGAAAUAUUUCCAAGUAAUCUUUCUCCUCGGGUUUAGAAUACACAAAGGUGCUCUUUCUUUCUAGUCAGCGCCCAUCUUUAAAUCUUACUCGCACCCAUACAUAAACAAUGCGCACCUCUUUCUGCGUCCUUGUAUGCUUGGUACCAGAGCCACAAUGAGUUUGAGCGCGAAAAUAAAAGAAAGAUGCGGUGCAGCGGUGGAAUAUCUAUCUGGCUAGGCGCUCCUCCGCUUCUCCGCUUGGUUUUCCAUUUCCGCGGUCGAAAUUGUGACUCUGGUUCCCAGGAUAGCUAGCGUCUUUGCAGCUUCUUACUGCCAUUCAGAGAAUCAAUUGUUCGUGGUGAUUAUCAUUCUUAGAGUAGGGAAACAUUAGAUAUGAUUUUGCUAGAUGAUUUUCUGUUCCAAGCCUAUCCAUUAUUCGUGGUAAUACUCAUUUUUGUUAUUAGAAUAGGAAAAUACCAUACAUUUUUAUCACUGAACAGCUGCUUUU